CAAGCAGAGAAUUUCUUUGAUUCUUGAACAUGGCUGAUUUUGGCGAGAUCCUGAGGUCCAUUGGAGACUUUGGAUUAUUCCAGAAGCUCAUACUAUUGGGACUAUGCUUCCCAAAUCUUAUCCUGCCUUUCCACCUGGCCAGUUUGAUUUUCAUCCAGUCAGACCCUGAGCGCCACUGUAACACUGACUGGAUACUUAGAGCUGGUUCCAAUCUGAGCAGUGAGGAACAGCUGAAUCUGACCGUGCCCCGGCAGGAGGAUGGAACCUUCAGUAGGUGCCUGAUGUUUACCCCUGUAGACUGGGACAUUGACAUCAUCAGGGAGCAUGGACUCAAUCAGACCACUGACUGCCAGAAUGGAUGGGUGUACAACAAUAUAGUGUAUGAAGCCACCAUAGUCACUGAUUUUGAUCUUGUCUGUGGCAAAGCUAACGUUGUCGGACUUGCACAAACUGUGUUCAUGGCUGGCAUUCUUCUUGGUUCACUCUUGUUUGGACCUUUUGCUGAAUCAUUUGGUCGCCAACGAGCAACUCAAAUACCCAUGGUUAUUAUGCUCAUUUUUACUGUAACGACAGGCUUGUCUCCAAACUUUUAUUUGUAUAUGGCAUCCCAGUUUUUAGUAGGGAUCGCAUAUGGUGGAUUUAGAAUCAACUGCAUUGUAUUAGCAACUGAAUGGGUCGGAGUGACAAAACGUUCUUAUGCGUCUUGUUUGAGUCAGACGUUCGGUGGAGUUGGCCAGUGCAUCCUUGCUGGCAUGAUCUUCUUCAUCCGAGACUGGAGACUUGCCCAGUUUGUCAUGGCUGUACCAAUAGCAGUGGUCGCAGUGUACAUAUGGUUUAUUCCUGAAUCAGCCAGGUGGUUAUUGGAUCAGGGGAAAACAGAGGAAGCUAAGAAGUUGAUACUCAGGGUAGCAGCCAUCAACAAACACACAGUUCCAGAUACAAUUCUAGAGAAGGUAAAGUGCAUGAUUUAG